AGCAGCCUGUACAUCUCUCACGUGCUGGGAAGACGAAGCUCCUGCUGGAACAUCUAGGGUUCAGCUGCUGCGACAAAAUUGUGGAGCUACAAACAGCGGUUCACACUCAGUUUUUUUUUUUAGCUGACAUCAUCAUACCUUACGCAGUGACCGGAUUACCCCCAUAACAAAGUAUGGAGGGGGCCGUGGUGAACAACCUCAUAGACUUUGACUUGCCUCCAGAAGGAACAGCUCCCUCUGUUCUCGGACCUCCUAGUGGGGUGGGAUUUUUCUCAUCUGAGCCUCUCGUCCCUGAGCCUACGAGCGACUCCACGAUGGAGCCCCUUCUACCAGAGCCCCCACACACUUCCCACAGAGAAGAAGAUAGUGAUGCCACCGAAUCUGCCGACAGCUACAACGAGGACACAGAAUCCCCAUCGCACCCGCCGAGCACGCGACGGUCCUCAUCCUGCUCCAGUCACAGUGCUGAGGACGCAGAGGAGACGGAGAUAAGAGCCUUCAUGCAAACCUACGUGACAAAGCUCUUCCAUGAAAGGGAGGACUUUGAUCAAGAGGAGAAGGCUCGCUUUGGAGAGCUGUGCACUGGAGAGAACGGCAAAGGCAGGGAGUGGUUUGCCAAAUAUGUUUGUGCACAGCGCUGCCACUCCAAAUGUGUGAGUGAACAGACGUUCUACAGGCUGGUGCAGUCCUUCGCUGUUGUUUUAUUUGAAUGUCACCAGGUGGAUGAUUAUGGCCCAGCCAAACACCUCAUGACCAUGUGCUUCACAUAUUACUACAUGGGUAAGUUGCAGCUAUCUCCCACAGAGCUGCUAGAGAGGCCCAGCGGGGGGGUCAACUCGUACCUGCGCAGUGGAAAGGUUUGGCUUUCUGGGAAAAAAGAAACUGCAGAGCGACUGCUCAAAAACACCUCCGCUAAGACUGAUGUUAAAGGAUUCUUUGGGGGUCUGGAGAGCAAAUUGAGAGGGCCCUUGGGCCAAAAGAAUGAAGACACAGACAAACCUGCUGAGCAGAAAACCAGAACUCCAGUUUCCCCGCCUCUCUCCCCAGAUAGAAAAGAAGAGGAGAAAAUCUACCUGUACACACAUCUAAAACAGCAGCCUAUUUGGCACACUUUGAGAUUUUGGAACGCAGCGUUUUUCGAUGCCGUCCACUGCGAGAGAAAUAAAAGAUCCCCCACCACGAGGCGGACGGCUGAGGAGGAGAAAGAUGAAAGAGAAAAGUGGUGUCAUAUGACCCAGGAAGAGAAAGAUGAUAGCUCCAGAUUUAAUAAGAACAUCACUUUUGGUCAGCUGGGAACAUUCACCCAUAACAUGGUGGCUUUUGGAUUGAGCAAGAAACUCUGCAAUGACUUCCUGAAGAAACAGGCAGUUAUUGGAAAUCUGAAUGAAGAGCAAUACAAGCUGCUAUGUGACCACAUUGAGCAGAUGGCUGAAGAGUGAAUAUCCAAAACCAUCAAAACUCUACCAUUCACAUCAGCAUAUCCAUUCAAACACUGAUGAUCAGUAUUCCACAAAGAACUAUAGCACUAAAAGUGUCUUUUGAGCAAAUACAAUGACAAAUAACGG